UCUGGCUGGAUUGCCGCGGAGGAGGCGACGAGGGCACUGGUGUUGGGGGCUGGCUCGGUCGGCAGCGGUUCCUCCUGCGGAUGGGAGCGGGCCGGCUUGGCGCGCCCAUGGAGCGCCACUGGGGGGUCUCCGCCUCGUCGGUCCGGGAGCCGGCGCCCGGCGGCCCCGAUGGGCGGCGGCGGGAGCCACUGCGGCGCCGGGCGAACAGCGCGUCGGCACCCGCCGUCGGGGCCUCGGCUUCGGCGGAGGGCGUAAGGCGGGACCGGCCCGGCUCUUACAGCGGCGCUACGUCGGCCUCCCGUCAGCGCGUCGAAAGCCUCAGGAAGAAGCGGCCGCUUUUUCCUUGGUUUGGCUUGGAUAUUGGUGGGACCCUGGUCAAGCUGGUUUAUUUUGAACCCAAAGACAUCACUGCUGAAGAAGAAGAGGAAGAAGUGGAAAGUCUUAAAAGCAUUCGAAAGUACCUGACCUCCAAUGUGGCUUAUGGGUCCACGGGUAUUCGGGACGUGCACCUGGAGCUGAAGGAUCUGACUCUGUGUGGACGCAAAGGCAAUCUGCACUUUAUACGCUUUCCCACUCAUGACAUGCCUGCUUUUAUUCAAAUGGGCAGAGAUAAAAACUUCUCGAGUCUCCACACUGUCUUUUGUGCCACUGGAGGUGGAGCGUACAAAUUUGAGCAGGAUUUUCUCACAAUAGGUGAUCUUCAGCUUUGCAAACUUGAUGAACUAGAUUGCUUAAUAAAAGGAAUUUUAUACAUUGACUCAGUUGGAUUCAAUGGACGGUCACAGUGCUAUUACUUUGAAAACCCUGCUGAUUCCGAAAAAUGUCAGAAGUUACCAUUUGAUUUGAGAAAUCCAUACCCUCUGCUCCUGGUGAACAUUGGCUCUGGAGUUAGCAUCUUAGCAGUAUAUUCCAAAGAUAAUUAUAAGCGGGUCACAGGUACCAGUCUUGGAGGAGGAACUUUUUUUGGUCUUUGCUGUCUUCUUACUGGCUGUACCACAUUUGAAGAAGCUCUUGAAAUGGCAUCACGUGGAGAUAGCACCAAAGUGGAUAAACUAGUACGAGACAUUUAUGGAGGGGACUAUGAGAGGUUUGGACUGCCAGGCUGGGCUGUGGCUUCAAGCUUUGGAAACAUGAUGAGCAAGGAGAAGCGAGAAGCUGUGAGUAAAGAGGACCUUGCCAGAGCGACUUUGAUCACCAUCACCAACAACAUUGGCUCAAUAGCAAGAAUGUGUGCCCUUAAUGAAAACAUUAACCAGGUGGUAUUUGUUGGAAAUUUCUUGAGAAUUAAUACGAUCGCCAUGCGGCUUUUGGCAUAUGCUUUGGAUUAUUGGUCCAAGGGACAGUUGAAAGCACUUUUUUCGGAACAUGAGGGUUAUUUUGGAGCUGUUGGAGCACUCCUUGAGCUAUUGAAGAUCCCCUGAUUGUUAACCUGGGGAGGGGUUCCUGGAACCUUCCACAAUGGGAUUUGUGGACUUGUUUUUUUAAGAGACUUACUCAGUUUUAUGAUUGUGUACUACCUGAAUCAAAGCGAGAAAGGACAAAUGUAUUUUUCUAAGUCAUCAAGAUAAAUCUUAAUAACCAGUAAGGAAAGAUACAUAUUAAAAAAAAAAAAGUGGACCAUG